GCGCUAGGUCUCUGCUGGGGCAGGAACCGAAGCCAUGGGUGGGACCACCAGCACCCGCCGGGUCACCUUCGAGGCGGACGAGAAUGAGAACAUCACCGUGGUGAAGGGCGUCCGGCUUUCGGAAAAUGUGAUUGAUCGAAUGAAGGAAUCCUCUCCAUCUGGUUCGAAGUCUCAGCGGUAUUCUGGUGCUUAUGGUGCCUCAGUUUCUGAUGAAGAAUUGAAGAGAAGAGUAGCUGAGGAGCUGGCAUUGGAGCAAGCCAAGAAAUAAUCUGAAGAUCAGAAACGACUAAAGCCCAGAGAGCUGGACCGAGAGAGGGCUGCUGCCAAUGAGCAGUUAACCAGAGCCAUCCUUCGGGAGAGGAUAUCUAGCGAGGAGGAACGCGCUAAGGCAAAGCUCCUGGCUAGGCAGCUGGAAGAGAAAGACCGAGUGCUAAAGAAGCAGGAUGCAUUCUACAAAGAACAGCUGGCUAGACUGGAGAAGAGGAGCUCAGAGUUCUACAGAGUCACCACUGAACAGUAUCAGAAAGCUGCUGAAGAGGUGGAAGCAAAGUUCAAGCGGUAUGAGUCUCAUCCAGUCUGUGCUGAUCUGCAGGCCAAAACUCUUCAGUGUUACCGUGAGAACACCCACCAGACCCUCAAAUGCUCCACUCUGGCCACCCAGUAUACGCACUGUGUCAGUCAUGCCAAACAGAGCAUGCUUGAGAAGGGAGGAUAAAAACUUUCAGAAUGAGCAAAACACCAUCAACGUUAAUUCCAGAGAUGGAACAUUGUUUUUCCUAGUGAGAAAACAACCCAUUUGAAGACAAGACCACUAAUGAGAAGACCACUAAAGAGAGACACCAAGAAUGGAUUCAGCAGAAUCAUUUCACAUUUUGAACAGCAGCAAUUUGAAGGGCCAAAGCCUUGAUCAGGGAUCAGUCAUUAAAGGACACUCUUCAGUAUUAGCAAACCCUCUUAUGAUGAUUAAAAGAGAAGGGCAGCCCUCUCCACCUUUUGGUACUUUCUAUUCAACUUCCACUGACCAUAAAAUGUUUCUCUUCUGAACAAGCCCCAUCAUUUGGUGAACCUCCACCCUAACAAAGUAGGAUGGGGUGGGGGGCUAAAUUAAUUGGAGUAGGGUGAGGAGAGAGCCAGAAAACAUAGAUCUGGGGGCAGCAGUGCUGGGUGGAGAAAGCCAGAAAACAGAUCUGGAGGCAGCAGUGCUGGAUGGAAUUGUCUAGGCUGUGGCAUGUUGGU